GAGUUAUAUCGUGUCGUAUUGAUGUGCGCCAAAUGGAAUAGCUUGAUGAUUCCGGAUGUUGAAACGCGAGCCUGACCAGACUUGAGUUAAUCUGACGAUGAGGUCCCCUGACGUUGCGUGUAUCAAUGAGAAACCGGAACGGGGCAACCAUCACGAAUCCGAGUGUAUAAAAGAUGUGCGAGCUAAGGUAUACUUUUUAUCUUACCUGCAUUCACAUAUCCCAACUCGACUGUGAAAUAUGUUUAUGGAGCAAAAAGGAAAUCCGCUUUCCUCAAGGCUUCGGCUCGUAAUAACUUUCUUGGCAGCAUCUACAGUUUUCACUGCCAUUUGCGCGACUAUCACCUGUAAUCAAUUUCAGGCUUCGCAGGCGAUUCGUUCCAAAAUCAAGUCACUUGGAGAGAAUUCUAAGACUCAGAACUACUCGUACCUUGGGCAUGAUUACCCACAGGAAUGGAAUGUCCCCGGUCUUACUGACUCGGAAGUGUACGUCUACGUCGGAAACUCGGAGCAUUACGCACUAGAUACAGAGCCCGGCAUAUCAGAAUGGGACAGACUCUUGCCUCCGGGCGGCGGGAUGGUGCAUCUCGGACCUAACCAAAGACCGUUCAGCAUCUCCAUAUUUCAUCAGCUUCGCUGCUUGAACAUCAUACGUGGGGGAUUGACGGACUCGCAGAAGACGGCGGACCCGAAGUUACUUCAGCAUUGCAUGAAUUAUUUGCGGCAGAUGGUUCUAUGUCGAGCCGACUCGCAGCUUCAGUCGGUGAGGAGAUCUACAGGUGGACAUGUGACAUCAUGGAGCCAGCCGCGCGUUUGUAGGAACUGGAAGAUGGUGUAUGAUGCUACUGAGGCGAAUUUCAGGGAAUAUGAUCAGGAUAUCACUGGGCUUUGAAUCUGACCAGGACUGUCAUCGCGCCAUUGUAUAUAGCAUACCGUGUCAUUAAAGGUCUCCG